GGGGGUGGGUGAAGAAAUUUCAAAAUGACCAAAAACCCAAGAACAUAAUAUCUUCAUGAUUAAAAAAGACACAAUUUUUUAUUUUCUUUGCUAGUUUCUCCAGUUUUGAGUACUUUGGGUUUAUAAUUCUUGAUAAAGAAAAAAAGAAAGAACAAAAUGCCGGAAGGAAUAACAGCUGAGAAUCUUUUGAACAACAUCAUGGACUCUAUUUCUGAGGGUGAGCUGAAACACAAAGCUACGUCAUUUUUUCAAGACGAAAGUGAAAGCUCUGUUAGUGCUCAAUUCAAUAGGCUAUUUGGACGUCAAAAACCAAUCCACCACUGUUUAGGUGGAGGCAAAUCGGCUGAUAGCAUGUUGUGGAGAAACAAGAAAAUUUCAGCCGGCGUUUUAAUCAGUGCUACUGCCAUCUGGGUGCUAUUCGAGUGGCUUAACUACAAUUUUCUUUCACUUCUGUGCUUUGGUCUGUCCUUUGGUCUGAUCGCGCAGUUUCUGUUGAAAAAUGCUUCUGGGGUAAUAAACAGGUCUCCUACGGUUCCUCGUCUUGUCUUACCUGAAGACCUCUUCAUCAAUAUUGCCAAGAGAAUUGGCACUGAAUUAAACCAUGGUUUGGGCUUCCUUCAAGAUGCUGCCUUGGGCGGUAAUCUGAAACAAUUCGUAGUGGUUAUACUGAGCUUGUGGGCUGCUGGUAUGAUCGGAACCUGGUGCAACUUCUUGACUGUUCUGUAUAUUGGUUUCAUCGCUGCUCACACUCUACCAGUGCUAUACGAAAGAUAUGAAGAUGAAGUUGAUGGUUUCGUUUACAGUGCCCUCGAUAAGCUUCAAGGCCAUUACAAGAAGCUGGAUUCUGGUGUCCUCAGCAGACUACCGCGAGGCAGCUUCAGGGGAAAGAAGGUUGAAUAAAUCUUCAAUUUACUGAAGGUAAACUCGUGGAGAAAAAACAUUAGCCUGUAUGCAGAGAUCAAAUAUGAAACUCGUUUUCGUGCUUAGGCAACACAUUGCUGUAUGUAUGCUUAGGAUUAAUCGACGAGGUAUUGAACUGUAGGUCAUCUCGUCGUGUAAAUGUUGCAGGUACUUCGAUUGAAGUUUGGCAUUUGAAAAUAAAUUGAAUUUUGCAGAAAGUA